CUGUAUUUGUUGGCCAGGUUGCUCUCUUUGGGCAGCCAAAGGGCUGACCUGCAGGGUUCCUUACCUCUACAAGAAUUAUAAGAAGUGACAAACAGGAACUCUGAGGUUACCAGGCUCCCACAGGCUGUAUGAUGGGUCAUCUUUUUGGAUUGGGGUGGAUUUUUCUCUUGAUAGCAGCUGCAAACAUAGAGGCUCAAAAGAAGUCUUCUAGAAAUGUCAGCACAAAAUGCUUGGGGAAUAUCAUGCGUGUGGAUGUUGGCCCACUAGGAGGAAGUCUUCUAGAUGUUGCUGUUAUCAUAAAUAACACAGCCACCGUUCUUACACAAAGUAUUGCAACCCAGUGCGGCUUCAGCAUGAAGAGUGACUCAUUUGGGAAUGCCCUAAUUUAUGUCUCCCUCCAAAACUGUUUUGCUCAAAAUGUGGAAGAUCGAAUGUUCACGACAGCUUUACAACUUCGGCUGCAUGGGAACCAGUUUGCUGAAGACGAGCUGUACCAGGUGGCUGAAACUUGCCGGUAUGACAUUUGGGCCUCCAGAGAAGUAAUCUGUGACUACAACUACAUUGAAGUGUCUGUACAUCGUGCUGCUCCAAAUGAAUUUCCUCUGCAUGGACACCCCUUCUCCAGCUCAAAUUCUCGACGAGCUGCAGAGAAAAUGCCUAUGGAUGCAGGAUUCAGAGCCACAACAGUUGUCUUUUUUGCACGAGAGGGAGAGAAGCCUAUGAGUUUAGCUGAUGCACAGAAACGUGGAUAUGGCAUUGGAAAUACUCCUACAAGGCUGGUUUUGAGAAGUCCUGUGAUGGCACCGGAAACUUUCUUGCAGAUUGUUGCAGGGGUUCCCAUGAGGGUCCUCAAAACUUCAACAAUCUUUGAAAAGAAGUGGUUGGCAACUCAAGUUGAUGCAGCAGCUGCUUGUCCAGUCCAGGAGGGUAGUGUCUUCUUCACACAAAACACAAUCACCUGGUACCUGCCCAGGCAAAUAGACCCAAUGAUCUCUUCUGGCCAGUUUAAUCUGUUGGAGGUGCACUUUGGCAUAAACGGCCAACGGCUGGGUGCUGUGGAGAUGCAGGCCCGAGAAUACUCUGUGGCUCUCAAUGAUUUCUACAUUGUCACUGAACUUCCCAUCGGGGGUGUUGGUGGCUACUACAAGAGUCACAUUCAAGAUGACCUUUACUACGUCUCAUACAUGAUUGAGCCAAUGCUUGAGCUGCUCUGGACAGAAGAUGCCACUUAUGAACAAACAAGAUACAAAGUCUUUUUUCACAUCGCAACACAUCUGCUGCCCCAACCCCUAGAACUUAUCGACAAUACAGUUCCAGAGGACAAGAUGUUUAAGAUGACGCUUGGACAUUUUGCUGUUGAUGUGGUUCUAAUAAACAUAACCUUCCCUGCGGAGGUUCUAUCAACAUCAGACUGCAGUGUUCGAGGCUUUAACAUCUUGGAGCAUAUGUCUCCUAACAGCAGCAUGAAGUUCUUCACCCUCCAAGUGCCCUUCACAGACACUGCAGUUCUCCAGCAGACCAGAGAAGGAGUUACAGUCUACUCCCUUCAUCUGACCUUUGGUCUGAUGCUGCUGGAUGACCAUGUAACAUUCUCUCACAAAGCUUAUUUGGAGGCUGCUGUCAAGGAUAUUGUCCCGCCCUCAGUCUCUGGUGGCUGUGAUAACAACAACUUCUAUAUCCUUGUAAAAUAUGGGACCCAAGUCUACAACUUUCAGACCAUGGUGGGGAAGCGACUCAUGACCCCCAGUUUGGCCCAGCAUUAUGAGUACAUGGAGAAUGGGACACACUUCAGUUUUGUUGUGCCAUUUUCAGCCCCUGAUGUUGCAAUAGAGGCCAUUGAAUCCUCAUCCAUUAGGGGCAGACUUGAUGUGGUUUUGAGUAAUGCAGAGAUGAAUUCCCAGAUUCAAGAAUUUUCUGUAGCUUGCCAUUUUCCCUCAACACUAACUGAAUGCUUUCCAAAUGGCACAAUGACUGUUUUGGCUUUAAAAAUGGAGUCGGUCCCCUCUCUGAACCCUAGAAAGCUCACCCUUGAAGACUCAUCCUGUGGCCCUGUUCACAGCGAUGACCGCUAUGCUUUCUUUGUCUUCACAGUGAAUUCUUGCGGCACCACAAGAAAGUUCAUGUCCAAUGCCAUGCUGUAUGAAAACAAGAUCUCCCUACCAGAUGUGCUUCUAAUGGAAAAGGGCCUAAAAUCAGAAGAACCAGAGUAUCGUUUAAAGGUUUCCUGUGUCUAUGACAUCAACACAAGCCAUGCUGUGGCCUUUAACACAAGACCUCGCAGGAGUGAGCCUUAUGCUGAGAACUCAAAAGGCCAGCUGCAAGUUGUAAUGAGGCUUGCUUUGGACGACUCCUACAGUGAGUUUCAGAACUUUGAGGACUAUCCCAUAGCAAAAUAUCUACAACAGCCCCUGUAUUUUGAGGUGGAGCUGCUCAAAUCUACAAACCCUCUGGUGUCGCUGGAGCUGGAAAACUGCUGGGCAACACGGGAGGAGGAUAGGACAUCCCAGCCCAGAUGGAAUCUGAUCAUUAAUGGCUGUCCAAACCCAGUCGACCCGUACCAGGUUGUCUACCAUCCUGUUUGGCCUGAUGUCAGGGUUGGGUAUCCCUCCCACUUCAAACGGUUUGAGGUCCAGAUGUUUGCCUUUGCUGAAGACAAAGAGAACCUGAGUACCAAGCUCUUUGUGCAUUGUGAUGUUGUGAUCUGCAACACCAAAAAUCCCCUUGGUGGAGUCUGUGGUGGGCAAUGUUCAAACCCAAAGAACAGAAUAAAAGGGCGAAAACGUGAUGCUUUACAGGCUGGUGGCCUUAAAUAUGUGUCUGUCGGACCACUAAGUUUGAGUCUUUAAAGAGAAAUAAACACUUUUAAAAUUCAAA